CAGUCCGUUUGAAAAUGGAGCAAUUCAUUUAAAUUACAAGCUACCAAAUGGUCCCGAUGCAAAAUGUCAGACAAGGGACGACGGUCGUCCAUGGCUCACAACAGGAGUCGCACAUCUAACCUUAUAUAUGAUAUCUAUCAUAAGGCUCAAAAAGUCUAUUUCAGCGGAAGUGACCCCUUCGACACACUUCGAAAAAGAAGGCAGAAUACUUUGGUUUCGCUCUGCCAGCAUGGACGCUAACACGGAAACGGUGAAGGAGCGGUCUCUCGCGUGGGACAAUUUAAUCACAAAAGACAUCAUCAGGCACCAAAAGUCGGCGCAGACGGACACGCCGGCGACGGAUGCCGUCGCGACGGCCGAGGCCGGCGUCGAAGCGGCGGCCGACUGGGAGGAACGGCUGGCGGCCCUGUUGGAACUCGCGGAUUCGCGAGCAAAGGAGGAAGAUCGACUGGUCCGGCGGCAGCAGCGUGAAAAUGCGGACAGACAGAGGGAUGUGGCGCAAGGGCAGAAGAAGAAAGCGGCGAACCAGCGACAGCACCAGGCUCUGGUGGAGAAGCUCAACUCUGUGCGUGUGAAGCUACAGCUGAACAACUCCAAAACCACCCGCAAGAAUUUCCAGUCCAAGAAGAGGGAAAUCGGCGCCGAAAAAGCCCGCGCCGAGGACGAGAGAAACAGGCUGUCCAAGGAACUUGAGGAAAUCACCGCUAAGCUGUCAGAGUUGACGCAAGAGCACCGGGAGGAGAAGGGCCGCUGGCAGGAGGAGCUGGAGGAACUAAAGAAGGAGCUGGACAAAGUCCGCCGAGAGGCCGAAGACGGCGAGCGCGCCGCCUUGCGAGACCAGAUCCGAGCCGUAGAAGCGCAGAGAGACCUCGCCUCGGAGCGCGUACGAGCCUGGCUUAUGGAGGCGUCGGCGUACGUGUCGUCGCUGCGGCCCGCCGACCGCCAGGAGAAGGCCGACUGGGCCGACAAGGAGGCGGCGGUACGCAGAAACCACGCCGAGCUCCAGGACUGCUUCCAGGACAACUUGGCCAUGUUGCAGAAAGGACACGAAUUGGAGUCACUGCCACGCAUCAAUGUGCCCGCGCUGCCGUAUAUACCCACGGCCGAGCUGAGGUUGAAACAUAUGAUAUCGCGACUUCCUGCGGCGCCGCCUCCGAGGUUUUACAGGUUGCCGCCCCCUUUUCACCCCCCCUUGCCGUACUACGCCAGACCCCAGUUCUACAUGUCACCCCCGCCGCACGCGAUGGCGAGGCCGCCUUUCAUCCGCCCGGCGCCACCGCCGGCCUACCCCAUCGUUCCGGCCCAAGCGCCACCGCCGGCCUACCCCAUCGUUCCGGCCCAAGCGCCACCGCCGGCCUACCCCAUCGUUCCGGCCCAAGCGCCCGCCGCUCCUUCCGGCACCUUGGACAAGGUGUUGGACAAGCUGGAGGCGCGCUUCCCGCAUUGCACUAGGGUGCAGCUGACGCACCUGCUGCAGCAGGUGAAAAGCAGCCGCGGGACCCUCGCGGGUAUGUUGUUCGACGAAAUGGCGGAGAAGGUAGGCCUGCUCCUGACGCGGGUCGACACGCGUGCUGCGCCGGCCGCCGCGCCGUGCAAGUUGUGCCUGAUGUGCCAGAAAAGCGUGGACCACGAAAGCCGCUACCCGUUACCCUGCGCCCACGCCAUCCACAAAGACUGCAUCCGUGUGUGGAUCCAGUCCAGCGGCAGGAACUCCUGCCCUUUCUGCCCCAAUGUGUGCGCGCGCGCUAACGCGAUAUGACUCCGCCAGCUUUUUUUUCAGAAUGGAUAAAUCCUUUAGAUUGUUAGUGUUUUCAUUGUAUUUGAACUGACCGAAUGCUUAACAUUUUCCCCCAAAAAACUGUUUGACGGACCGUUCAAUGCGCACGGAAUAUUGUGUUGUACAGUAUAUCUUUAUGUACAUCAAAUCUACCAAAUAAAAUAUGACUCCCCUCUAGGGGUGACAAAAGAAGGAUUUGAACCGGCAUUAUUAUUUGAAUUGGCAGAUUUAGAUGAGUUGGCCAAAUGGCAGCACGCUUGACUUGUUUGUAGAUGUUACUGCUAACAGUGGCGUAAAAGUAAAUUCCUCAAAUGUUUAGCCCUUCUUCUGACAUUUUCCACGAGCGGUCGAUUCGGCGAGCGUAGCGUAGCUUAACGGCAUCCUGCGGGAACGGCGGACAAACACGCUAACAAGGUGUUCUCAUGCUCGCCGUCAGCCGCAAUCGACCGCGACGCCCUUCCCGAAGGAGGCCGCUCGCUCUGCAACAAAAAUGUACUUGGAUGUCGCCCCCUGUCGGGCACCGGUGGCCUUUUUGCAUUUGGCUCACCUCUUUUUCUAAAAGGUUGUUUUGAUCAACAUCCAUCAUAACCGCCCUUACAUCAAUUAAUGCCGUCGACGGCGGGGAGGAGGGCACCCCUCCCUCCGAUACACAGUCACUUUCAGACCCCCCCAUCAUCCUACUCCCCCGGCAUUAAAGUCCUGUCAUCCUGGCUCGGCCCCCCAGCGCAGAGCUGUCAAUUAAAUGUGAUUGACUGGCUAACAGCAGCACAUAAAUACAAAAAAAAAACAACAGACGUGAAAAUCUAUACGCACCCAAGCCCGCCGACCUGCCCGAUAUCGUCGUCCCGCCCCUCGCUGAACACAACCAAUUAGCAGCAAUGUCUGACCCCAAAAACCUCUAAGUGCUGUCCAAUAAACAGGUUGUCAUUUAGAACUAUCACGUUAAGCAUUACUACAAGUGAUGGCCGGUUUCAUUGUCAUCGCGCUGACGAUAAGGCCGUUGUCGUCUUCUAGCGGUGGGCUAACGAUUAGCGAGCGCGGCCCCGCCUUCGGAUCGCGACGUGAAAACUGAACCGGAGUCGUUUUGCGCGCCAGAUGAAAAAUGCUUUCGCCCUCGCAGAUCUUUGAAAAGCCCACCGAGACGUUCGCCGAGCCGCUAAAAGCCGGCGAGACGGAUGCUCCGAGCCGAUCGAGCUCGCCGCUCGUUUUAAGGCGUCAAAAAGAUCCACUUAGUGAGCCGGAUGGAUGACGUCCGCCUGGGAAAUUGGCCUUUAAUACUGCCCCCCUCUACUCCCACGGGGGCCCUAAUGGGUGCGGGCCUAAUGGUGCCCUCCAUCACGCGCAAAUAUGAAAAGUGACAAUUAGCCAAACGAGCUUUAGCGUGGUGGGGGGGCAACAUGCUAGUUUUCAACAUUGACACCUGUGGGGCUGAGGGGAAGGUGCACAAAUUAAAGUGAUGAAUUUCACCUCAUGGAUUGGCCAACACUUAACUUAUGGGCCGCCACUGCAUGACGGCUACAAACAUCCAGUGGAUGGGAACCGGAAGGGCCGGCUUGUCCCAAGCGUUGUUGCUUAAGUGACAGCCUUCAUUGAGUCCCUUGAAAAAAAUUUCAUGAGUAUAGAAUGCAAUCCGUCUUCAGAUGAAAUAUUAAAAGUGUCCUAUUGAGAAAUGUACAGCCUGCGCAGACAUGAAGUGGCAGUAUGCACCUGAAAGUCGCUUGCAAUCUGCCUGUUUGAAUUGUUGUGCAUACAGCUAACAUUCAACUGAUGAAAUGGUAAAUGGUGUUAUACUUGUAUAGCGCUUUUCUACCUCUCAAGUGAAUUGGUGAUUUGUGUCAGGUGCUGUUAAUCAAUAAAUGGCCACUUGCCUCGGCGUGUGUCGAGUGUGCGCAAGCCAGUCAAGCUUGAACCCGAGACUACAGUGUUUUAUUUCCUGUCUAAUGCUUUAGUCGGUUUUCCAGUCCUACUAAGAUGGCAGUCGUCUCCUCCACAAUUUGUUCUUUGGGCUCAUUUUCAUAUUGUGAGAUUCCUCUAAAACAACUAGCAUUUGACGGUUAGUGACUCACUUCUCUGACGUCCAUCGGCCCCUUCCAACCGUAGUGCGACACGGCUCCUGUACACAACGGUUGGGUGAAUAAAACUACGAUAUCAUACCCAUCAUUUACUUCAAAAGAAUACGAUCUCUUCGCAAAGUCACGGAUAAGGUUGCCGUUGAGUACAAACAACAAUUACAUCGGCUGGAGCCUACAAGUAGCUUAGCUUAGCCUAGCUUGUGCGUAAUGACUCCGACAAGUAGGGGGGAAAAAAUCUAUAACGGAAAUAGGCUUGUUUUGUUGAGGGGAAAAAAGGUUUGCUUUUUUUAUGGCGGGAAUGGGCUUCCAUAUCAUGGACUGUAAACCCUAAAUUCAGACAUGUAAAAACAUGAUUAUUCAACUCACAUGCCAGACCAUCUGAAAAAUAAGGAAUUUAUAUGUAUGUUAUGUAUGUUAAAAUGUAAACCAAAAACUUAUACAGGGUUUUUCAGAAAUCUAU